UUGAUACGGUUGGAAGUGUUGUCGGAUUUUGAUUUGUGAUAUUGAUUUUUUUGGUUACAUUUUAAAUACAUAACUUUUUCUGAAUUCGAAAUGCUGGAUAAUAACAACAAUUUCUGACUUCGAAACCUCACCCAAAAGGUUAUUUGAAAAAUCUGACACUAAUAUGUUUUAAAAGAAGCAUUAUUUUAUGGAUUGCUAUUAACAUUAGACAUUCCACUUGGCGAAUAUUUUAUCUUAUUCAAAACCAUAUUGGGAUUGGGAUUUUAUGCCGUUUUUGGUUUCGAUGUAAUUGUGAACACACUACUUGGAGUUCGGAGAGCCCAGUUUUCAGUUAAGAUUUGGAUAAGAAGUGUUUUUUUUUGGUUUGGUUUAGUGUUAGUGCAUUUGAGUUCGUAUAUAGUGAAAAAGAGUGAUAGCCAUCGUCUUACUGGUGUUAAGUUACUAAGAAAGUAUUACUGGUGUCUUCGUCGCUUACGUCCGCGUCGUCGUGGCCUCCGCCACUGUUUCGCCGAGUAAAGUCAACAGAAUAAAGAUUUUUGUAUGUUCUGUAACCGGUUUUUUCUCAUCCACUUGUGUUUUUGUUUUUCUUUUUCUUUUGUGAACAAUCUUUGCGCUAAGUCGGUUAUUUUAUAGAAAAAAAAAGAAAAAAAUACUGUCAUUUCUUAAAUGUUUUUAUUUUACAUUUUAUUUCCAGUCCUUUAAAAAAAAUAUUUUCCUGCGCACUGUUCAAGGGAUUUGUAUGUAUUCGAAAUUGCCUUUUUUAUCUUUUUGAAUGUGUUAGUGUUUUUAACGACGCGAGCGACCGACGUCGAAGCAAGUGGAAAUCCUGUACUCCAGCAGGAAAAAUUAUUGUUUUUUCCUCUUUUUCUAAUCGGGUAUUUUGUUUUUUAUUCUGUUUCUCUUAUUGGAAAAAGGAUGCUGCAGUAGCCACCAUCCACUAUGAUGGUGAUGGAUCGCGAGAUGAAAAACAAAAAUUCCUGAAUUUAGUUUGCUUUUGCUGUGUACUGGUUUUUUUUUGCAAUUUCCUUUUUGGUGCUCUUGUACUUAUUUCUUUGUGUGUUGGUAUUGUUGUUGGUGUAUGUAGACAAAAAGAGGAUUUAUUUUUUCAUAGUGUGUUUCUCCAAUGGACCGGUAGCGGUACCUAAAAUCCGGUAAAAGGUGUGAAUAUAAAAAAUUAAGAAAAGAAAAUCAAUUUUAUCUUGACUGUGUGAGACAAGUGUAUGAUUCAUCUUAUAUCAAUUCAUUAUCCUGUUCAAAUAUUAAAAAAAGAAAAAAAAACAAGUUUUAUACCUACUUGGUGAAUUUUUGAAAUCACUUUCCCAAUCUUUGAUGUUUUAUAAUAAAUACAUUUUAAUAAAAUGGGAUUUAUAUGAAAAGUAUUUUAACUGGAAUUUAUCGACAAACCAGAAGCAGAACACGGGAUACCUACAUAAUUAAGAAAAGCAGAGAAAGAGAAAGAUUUUUUCAAGCUGUACAUCGUACAUGUGUAGUGUAUAUAGAUGGAACAUAGAAAAGGCAUCAAACCCAAUAUACCAAGUGUGAUUCGAUCCAACCGUAAAGUAUUUUGAGGAAAAAAAAAACAUUGUUCCAUGUUAUACGCCAACAAUAUGUUUCCCAACAAUACUACAAAAUCAAUUCGUGAACUUGAAAUGUGCGCAGCAUUAACAGUGUGUUACCAUGUCCACCCGAGUUUCGAAAAAUAUCCAUAAGAAUAUAAUAAAAUAAAAAUAAAACAAUAACAUAAUUCCAAGAUUGAGCGACAAAAAAAACUUUCCCAACUUUGUUUGUAAUAGUUAAUUUAAAAAAAUAAUAGUAAUAAAUAGUUGAUCAAUUCAGAUUUAACGAGUACUUUUGUUUACGAAUUUGGGGAGAAAUUCAAGGAACAUCAAUAUGAUGGAAAACAACACAACAGGAUUCGACGAUGAUCCACCACCAGAACCCCGUGAUGGUUGGCUUCUGGUGCGGAUUCACGUGCCUGAACUUAAUGUAUACAAAUGUUUGCAGUUUCCAGCUGAUCGACUGGUUUGGGAUGUUAAGCAGCAAGUUUUAGCUUCGUUACCUAAGGUGGCGUUUUGGUUUAAGGAACUGAAGGAAAGCUUCAACUAUGGACUAUUUUGCCCGCCCUCAAACGGUAAAGCAGGAAAGUUUCUCGAUGAAGAACGGCGUUUGGGUGAUUAUCCUUUUAAUGGUCCUGUCGGAUAUUUAGAACUAAAAUACAAAAGACGUGUUUACAAAAUGUUGAAUUUAGAUGAACGACAAUUAAAGGCGCUACACACACGAGCUAAUCUUCGACGAUUUCUAGAAUGCGUUAAUGGCGGGCAUGUGGAAAAAAUUGCCAAAAUGUGUGCAAAAGGGCUGGACCCAAAUUUUCAUUGUCCGGAAAGUGGUGAAACCCCACUGACUGUGGCGACCGGAGCUAAAAAACCAAAUAAACUUCUCAUCGCACUUGUCAAUGGCGGUGCUUUGCUAGAUUAUCGAACAAAGGACGGAGCAACAGCUCUUCAUAAAGCUGUCGAAAAGGACUCGCUCGAAGGCGUUACCACCCUUUUGGAACUCGGUGCGUCGCCAAAUUAUAAAGAUGGACGUGGCAUAACACCUUUAUACACCUCUGUUACAAAAAAAUGUGAUCCCAAAAUAACGGAAAGCCUGCUGCACGAUCAUGCAACUCUUGGUAUUCAAGAUAAUCAAGGUUGGCAGGAAGUCCAUCAGGCUUGCCGGCAUGGUCUAGUCCAGCAUUUGGAACAUUUAUUGUUUUAUGGUGCGGACAUGGAUGGCCGUAAUGCUUCCGGUAAUACACCAUUGCAUGUUUGCGCUGUUAACAACCAAGAGGCUUGUGCUAGAAUGCUUCUUUUUCGCGGUGCCCAACGUGAGGCCCUUAAUUAUGCAAAUCAAACUCCCUAUCAGGUUGCUGUGAUUGCUGGUAAUCUAGAGCUAGCAGAAGUUAUACAGAAUUACAAAACUGAUGAAAUUGUACCCUUUCGUGGUCCUCCGCGAUAUAACCCUAAGCGCCGUUCUGGAGUUGGAUGGAUGGCAGGUAAUGGAAGUCUUAUAAGUGGUGGUGGAAGCUUCAUGGGUACUUUGACAAGAAAUAGCUCAUGUGGUCCACCAUCCCCAUGCCCGUCUGAACACAUGCCGUACAGUUCGGCUAGUUCUAGUUUAUCUGAAGGAUCAUCAGGCCAUCGAUCACAUGAGGAUGAUAUCAGCAUAGUUACAGAUAAGAGCCUGGGUGACACCAGUGACAUAAUAAGUGACUCGUCUGGAGUUGGCACGAAUUCUGACAGUGCAGCAUGUUCCAUUGGUCACCCUAGUACAACAGUUGUAUGUAUGGAACCAUAUGCUGGGAAUUCAGUGGGGCAUAUUCGUUUACAACCAGGUGAUGUGAUUGAGGUUGUUGGCUCAACAGAUUGCGGAUUACUUGAAGGCUAUGUACGUGGCACUAAUGCUUCAGGAUUCUUUCCGGUGGAAUGUGUACAAGAGGUGAAUAUUCGUCAGAAGAAUAUUACAAAUGUAUCAACAGCGACGAAUAUUUCGAAUUCACAUCAUCAACAGCAAAAUCAACAGUUCCAAGGAUCUCCGGGAAUGCAACGGCUACAGGGUCCUACGACCAAUGGUGGUGGUGGUGUUGGCCACUAUAACAGCUCCACAGCACCAAGAGUAAAAAAACCUGUAAUGGGUGAACCUCGAACCGUUGUACUUCAUCGAGCUAAACGUGGCUUUGGUUUCAUUUUGCGUGGAGCUAAGGCAUCCUCUCCACUAAUGCAAUUGAAACCGUCCGACAGAUUUCCAGCUUUACAAUAUCUUGAUGAUGUGGAUCCUAGUGGAGUUGCUGAUAUGGCUGGAUUGAGGCCUGGAGACUUUCUUCUCGCUAUUGGUGGUGAAGAUGUACGAGCGGCGUCUCAUGAAAAAGUUGUUGAUAUGAUCCGUUCUUCAGGAGCGUUAGUGUCAAUGACGGUCAUUUCACCUCAAUAUCCACAUCAGAUACAAUCCGCAGCAAGUUCUUCUGCUGCUGCACAGCAACAACAUCAACAAUUCCAAGUACAGCAUUAUCAGGGUCCAAGUACGCCACAAGCAGCGCGACAAUGUUCAACGCUACCGCGGAAAAUGUCUCUAGGUCAACCAGGUUUAGGUGGAAGUGGCAGAAUGCCAGCACCCAUGCCCCCACGGCGGGAUCCAAAAACUACCCUUAGUGUUGGUAGGGCUCGAGCUAAAUCCAUGGUUGCUGGUCUUGAAAACGGAGGUGAAAAAGAGGACGAAGACAUUCCAGCAAAAUCUAGCUCAAUUGAAUCCAUAUCAACAACGCCCACUCAAAAUCCCAGCACCCCUGUGCAACUCCGAACUGCUAGCAUUAAAGCUCGGCCAACAUCAAGCCGAAUCACAGCCGCCGAGCUGGAAGAACUAUUUCAACGACAACAAGGGGAAGCGGCCGAUGGUAUGAAUCGUUAUUCAACUAUGAUGACAACAUCUAGAUUUCAAUCAGGUACCGAUAGCGGAGCGGCAACACCACCAAGUAGCGGCUCGCCUAUGAAAGCUCCCUUAGUAUACGCAAGCGUUGCUGAAAUGAAAAGAAAGAAAACAAAAAAUGGAACAUUACGUGGUAAACCGUGUGCAAUACCAACAGUUGGUGGAACGGAAUUGAAACGCUUCCAUUCAACACCUGACUUGAAUACGCAUUUGAACAGCUCAUCUUCUUCGAUAUGGAAUGCUAUUGGCAAAGGUCACCAUUCCCAAGAUGACGUGGCUACACUGCAUGCUUCUUUACAGCGAUUAAAUUUACCACCUCCAACACACCCACCACCACCACCACCUGUUGGACAAGUGGUCAAAGUGGAUGUCUCACGAUCCUCUUCUGAGUACGAGAGUACAAUCACUCUGCAGCAAAAACUUCAAAAAAGAGGAGAUGUAACUGAUAGCUGUGGACCAGCCGAUGGAGUUGCAUCUAGUUUCAACCCCUCGGCAAAUGCCAAGUUGUAUGCAUCACCACAGGAUCUCAGAAACGUUGUUGGUUGGAAACUACGGCGAACCGCUUCGCAAGAGAAUCGUCAACCUUUAAACCAGUCGUCCAAUACAUCGGCACAACAAUUCUUACAACAACCUCCACCCGCACCACCACAACCUACAGCUCAAACUUUAAACCAGCAAAUACAACACAAACAACAACAAAAGCAACAAGCAGUCAACGCAGCGCAAAAAUGUCAAUAUGCUCAGCCUACUCGACAGUUAGUUGGGCAGCUUCCUACGCAUCAUCAACAACAGUACUCGCAUCCCCAAAAUGCUUCACCGCUUCCUACUGGCACUGCACCACCGAUUCCAGAGCCCGAUUACAGUCUCAGUGAAUCGGACGGAGAAGACGAAAAUUCAAUUUUGGUUGCGAGAAACACAAAGCUAAAUGAAAAAAUAGCCCUUCUAGACAUGCCUGAAACCAGUGGAAACAGUAACAACAGUGGAAGUAGCUCUGGUGGCUCUAUUUCGCAUUCAUUCUCUGUUGACGAAAUUCAAAGGAUACGUACUAAUUUAAAAACAUCCAAAUCUUAUCCCAACGAUUUACUGAAACAUGAAAACCAAAAUGAUGUUGAUGUUGGAUCCCAAAAACAAAAUUCACGAUCCCCACCAAACGCGCCUGAAAACAUCGAAGAAGGUGAUAAUUCUUCGUCGGGUGUAAGUAGUGAUCAAGAAAUUCCAACUAAUUCUGCGCAAAUAGCAACAAAUCAAGAUACCCUCAAAAAGAAGUCAUUAACGCUUUCGGUUGGAACAACAACGCCAAAGCAACUAACACCUCUAGCCAAACAGCAGCAGCAUCAACAGGUACAAUUAAUAAAACAACCGACAGUAGCAGCAACCAAAGUAAACACCUUGCUUAUUACGAGCAAGCAAUUAGCACCCGCACUGUCACCUUCCCUAGCUUCUAAAAUUAUAUUGGGUCCAAAUUUGCGAAAGCAUGAGGAACCCAUAACUACUGUUGGCAGUACAAAGCACUGCAUGAGCAUAAACAACAACAGUAACCAUGAUCAUGACACCGAAGAAGAACAGCGCAGUGAAGACGAUGGUGAACUUAGCCCCAGCCCACCAGCGAAAGCAUUUCAACGACAUAACUCGCUUACACGGAAACAAGCAGCUAGCAUCGCAAUGGCUCGAGCAACUCGCGCUGCGGUGUCAUUAGUGCAAUUGCCACCUCCUAUUGAAGCAGACAGUGAUAGUGAGAUGAUGGCUACAUCAACGGGAGAAAAUGGAGUGCCGGGAAAUGCUUCCAGUACAGAAAAUAUUGUUUUAGCGCCACCCCCACAGUUUUGCGAUUGCAAUGAUAUGAAACAUCCAAAAAGUACUGGUGGUGCAACUAGUGGAGGAGCAAAUGUUGCUAAUUCAACUGGAAAUCGUGUUCGAAUUGUAGGAGCAGUGCCAAAAGCAAAUCGCUUAAAUAGUCAAUAGAUAUAUAAAAGAAGUAUUUGAAGACAUUUAAAUUAUUUAUAAGUAAAGUAUAUUAAAUAAUUAAGAAAAACUAUACAUAAUUGUCAUGCAUAUAAUAAAAUAAAGUAACGAUAGAAUGUAACUAACAAAAUUUUAUCUUAAACACAAAAUGAAAACUGCUUUCAUCGCAAUUUUACAACAAAGCUAAUAAGAACCAUAAUAAUGUUUAAAUCAACCCGAUAUGUAUAAACCGAUUCUUUGCAUAUGGGUGCAUUCGCACUUGAAGAACAUGAAUAAUAGUAUAUUUUCCUUGAAAAAACAUAAAAAUAGUACUCAUUUUUACCAACGAUUUACUGUCACUCUUUAAUAUUUUACCUUUUUUCUUAUAUUUUUUAUUUUAGAAAAUACUUCUCUAAUCGCAUCCAAUGAUAUUUGAAUACCAGUUUCCAGUUCUAAUUAGGGCAACAUGAAAUAAUUUAAUUUGGCAACAGUCCUUAAAACAUGGAACUGGUCAAUAGUGGUAUAGUAAAGGAAAACAUCGGUCAAAAAAUCUAGUCAAUCUAGUUGAUAAAUAUUUAUGUUUUACACUAGCCUGAAAUGAAAUAAUCAAAAUAUAAUUUUUAUAUUAGCACAACACCAAGUAAAUAUGGUUUCCAAUUAGAGUUGUUCGUUUAAUUUGAACCUCUCCUUAUUUUGUUUACUAUUAAUACGAGUUUUAUAUUGUUUUAUUAGAAUUUUAAAAAUAAAUGAUAACCGCCUAAACCUAAUUUUUUGUAACUCAAGCAGCUUAUUUGUUAUCUCAAUUCGCACCAACAAAAAAAUCAGAAAUCGUUUAGGGUGAGUUUAAAUAGAGACUAAUGCAAAAACCUCGCCAUUCAAAAUCUCAUUCUCGGGAAAGUUGUACAUCUUUUUUGUAUACACAAUGUUAACAUCAUACUCCUUGUCCUUAGUCAAUGUAGACUCUCAUAUUGGCAUUUAGGCUAUUUUGGGUCUGGGUAAGCAGUAGUUAUGUAGUUAAUUAUUGGGCGGGUUUAAAACUUUUCUUCAACUGUUAAUCUUAAACUAUGAGUAUAAUGUGACAAGUCAACAUUCGAUCUUGCAUAUUGUUACUUAAGAUACUAGGAAUUGCACUUCCUAAAAUUUACUUCUACAAAAAUAAUUGAGCAAUCAAUUAACUAUUUCAAGCUAUGUAAGAUAUAAUUUUAUAAUUUUAGUUGGAAACAGAUAGCUAUACAUUCUUUCUGCUAAUUCUUUGCAACGAAAGCAAUUAACACCUCUAAAACAAAUGGAAGAUAGUCUAACUUCUAACACAAAAAAAUAUAUGGGAGAGAAGACUUACAAUCCUAGUCAACAUGACUCAGAGUAAAAUUUUACAAAAUUAUGUGUUUUCAAACUUCUCACAUAUUAACAUUCAACGUUUCUAAAGAACAUUUAGGAGGAAACAAAUAGAUGAUUUUAAACAAUUUGCCCAUUAAAAGAAAUUGAUAAAUGAAUGAUGGUUCUAAACAAACGGAAUUUAUUUAUGUUCAUAUGGAGACUCCAUAAAGAAAAUCAUAACAACUGAUUAAAAAUGCGGACAUAACACUUACUUUUUAAAUGAGUCUAAGACUUACAAGAAGCUACCGUAGAAAUUCAGAGGAUUUAUUUAAUUUGAACUGAUUGAUUGGUGUGUUUAUACAUUUUUCAAGAAAAAAAAGUUAAAUUUUAUUUUGGCACUACUUUAUUCUAAUUUUAUAUUAAAUUAAAGUUAUAUGUAACAGAAAUUAAGAAAAAUGAGUGCUAUUUCUAAUACAUAUUGGACAUUUUAUGGGAUUGAAAUCUAUGCAUUGAAUCUCAAUUUCCCCAAUAGUAUUUUAAAGAAAAUAACGAACAUAUAAUGUAUGUAGAAUAGAUAUAACUUUUCCUGAUGUAUUUUUUUUAUAAUAAAACAAUGAAAAAAAUAAAGAAAUAUACGAGUAUAUCGAUUUUGCAACACAUAGACCAAAAAGGAAAUUGUAUCGAAAGUGAUUGGCGAAUUACCAAAUGAAUAAGCAUUCAAUGUUUCUUAUUAUGAUUGCAUGGUUCAUUUUAUAAAGAUACUACAUAUGCCAUGAAAAAUUAUUAUAAUAUACGUAGAUAGCAACGCUACAUUUAACAUGUUAAUGUAAACACAAUUAUUAAUGUAAUAUUUAUUUGCAACUAAAAGAAACAACUGAUAUUAUAAAAGUAAAUAAGAUUUGAAUAGUAUGGAAUGUAUUAACCCUUCUUUAUUUAGACGUAGGUGUAUAGAAAGAAAAUAAUUAAUAAUAUGCUUAAAAAAAUAGUAAAUUGAUAAAUGUAGAUGAAAGGUGUAACUGCUAAGAAUUUAUUUAAGACUUUUGAUGCAAUAAGUUUUGAUUGAAUGUUAUCUGUCGCAAUAUUUAAGUGUUUGAUUAGAGUCAAUAAAAGUGUAUCGUCAUACCUACAUAACAUACGAAGCAAGUUUAGUCUAUACUUUAAUACCCGAUUUCUUAAUUCUAAUGUAUUAUAUUAAUUCAGUAAAAAAAAGAGUAAAUUAAUCUAUAGAUUUAUUACAUUUAAUAUUUAAUUCAAUAUGAAAAUGCACAUACCGUAUAAAACAAAUAAAAGUCAAAUAAUAUACUUUAAAUGCGCGUGUACAUUUUUCUUUACUAUUUUUAUAAUACUCUCGAGAUUCGAAAUAAAUGACAUUUUAUUUA